AUGUGUAUCACAUUAAAUAACAACUUGAAAGCCGCAGGUGAAAAACUUAUCAACAAUCACCAAGAUGCUAUUGAACCAAAAAUGCCUCUCAUUUUCAACGCCUCAAAGAAGGUAAAAAUGGAAGAUAUCAUGGAAGUUAUUCUCGAUCAGGAUCCAACUCCUCAAGAAGGAAAAGCCAAAGGCGUGGCAUUCCUAGUUGACAAUCCUCGAACUGUUCCAGCAGUUUUGAACAUGCUACUAGAAGUGGCCUUUGAGGGUUUUGCUGUGGAUUUAGAUAAUGCUACCGUGGAGGACUGGUUAAAGAAAGGUGUUCUUUUGUUAAACACAGCAUUCACAGUUCCACACAAAAAUAAGGAUAAGCAGCAGGGGAACGAAAAAAGAACAUCAUCGUGA